AUGUACAAGGGAGAGCCCGUGCUAACUUUCUGGAGCGGCGAGCUGCUCGAUGGGUAUGGCCACGGUUCCUACUAUAUCCUCAACCAGUCUUACGCCGAGAUUGCGCACUUCUCGGCCGUGGGAUACGAGGAGCUGAGCGAUCUUCACGAGUUCACCAUCACGUCGGACGACACGGCGCUCGUCAUCAUUUACACGCCCAAGCAGGCGGACUUGUCUGAUGUCGGAGGCGAGAAGGAUGGUUGGAUCUUCGACUGCAUUUUCCAGGAGAUCGAUAUCGGCAGCGGCAAGCUGGUCUUCGAGUGGAACGCCAGCACGCAUGUCGGCGUCAACGAGACGGUCAAUGAGCUCGGCGACGCCGGGAGCGAGGGGAGCCCCUUCGACUACUUCCACAUGAACAGCGUGCUCAAGGAUGCGAACGGCGAGUAUCUCAUCUCGGGGCGCGUCAUGGACGCCGUGUUCAAGAUCUCCAGCUCGGGCGACAUCAUCUGGCGUCUUGGCGGCAAGCAGUCCGACUUCGACGUCGCAGACGAGGCCGUCUUCGCGUUCCAGCACGACGCCCGCUGGGUCGAUGGCAACCAGACACGCAUGACCAUCUUCGACAACGGCCCCACCGACGCCGUAGGCUACUCCCGCGGUCUCCUCUUCGCCGUCGACCAGGACGCCAAGACUGUGAGCCUCAUUCACGAGUUCUACAACGGCGCCAAAACCUUUGCAAAGUUCGAGGGCAGCCUGCAAGUCCUCGAUCCCAGCAGCAGCGACACGAACUACUUCCUCGGCUACGGCAACCAACCCUUCCUCGCCGAAUUCUCCUCCAACGGCACCCUCCUCCUCGACGCCCAAUUCGGCGCCACAAACACCGUCAACGGCUACCGCACUUACAAGCUCCCCUGGACCGGCAAGCCCAUCACGACGCCAGACAUCCAUCUCGACACCGACGCGCACACUGCGUACGUCAGCUGGAACGGUGCCACGGAGGUACAGUGGUGGGACGUCUACUCUGCGAACGCGACUAACGGGACCUGGCGGUAUGCGGCUUCGGCGAACCGGACGGGGUUCGAGACGAGCGUGGAGCUUGGGGGUGUUAGUUUGGGCACGUAUCUCAGGGCGAGGGCCGUGAAUGGAAGUGGGGGUGCGCUAGGUUGGUCCCGCGCGACGGAUGGGAAGGGGCUGUUUGAUGCAUCAGGAGAUGUGGACGAGAAGAGGAAUAACACGUCGUCUAGCUCGACGGUGAGCACGACUGCGAGGGCUACGGGGUCGAGUGCGACGGUUGCUGCGGCGACGAGUGCGACGAGUGGGUUGGCUGUUAGGAUAGGGCGGGGAAUGGUGGAGAAGGUAGUUGUUGCGGUGGUUGUGGUUGCGCUUGUGUAG